CAAGGCACCAUUUCACAUUUUCACUCUUCACUUUCUCUCUCUCUCUCUCUAACCCACCACCUCCUCAAAUCAUCAGAACAUUUAUACAUAUACAUACAAACCCAAUGUCUCUAUAUCCCAUAUAAAUGUUUUAAAUAACAAGACAACAAAAACCAAGAUCACACAAAAUAUGGAAUUGGGAACAGCAACUCCAGCACCAAAUUCCAAACCCCCACAAAUCUCAGAAAUGUUUUCAAAAUUUGCAAUUGCAUUCAAAGCUAAAACCUUUGAAUUCUUCACUGAAGAAGAAGAACAAGAAUCCUCCGCCGCCGUCUCCGCCGCCGUUUCUGACAACGAAGAUGGUUUCACUCUUCUUGAUUCCACUGAAGAUUUCAUCACUGAUCAGAAAGUUAUCAUUAUCAAACCUGAUACAAGUUUGACUUCCAAAAGUCAAAAUCAAACUGAAAGUCAAAAUCUUGAUUCAUGUCAUUUUUCACCUUCAAUCAUUCAGCCCUUCAAUACCCAGUUUGGUAAUUAUCUAAUUUCAUCUGUUUUUGCUGUUAUUUCAUCAUUUGAAGCUUCUUAUCUUCAGUUACAAACAGCCCAUGUGCCUUAUGAUGAAAAAGGGAUUAUCUUUAAUGAUAAAGCUUUAGUUAAUCAACUGCAUAAAUUAUAUGAAUUUAGAGGUUUAUAUAUAGAUUCAAGAAAAAACCCAGAUUUUAGGAUUGAAUUUACUUCUGGGUCUUGUUUAGAAGCUCAAGUUAAUGAGAAUCAAAACAAGUUAAGAGCUUUAGAGACUAUGUUUAAUAGGUUACAAUCCGAUAUUGAUGGUAAAGAUGAUCAUGUGUUGAAGUUGAGGAAGGAAUUGAGCGAAAUCGAUGACUUCAAUUCGAGGUUGUCAGUUAAGUUGUCGAAAAUCUUGAAACCCCCAAAUGGGUUUUUGCCUACAGUUAGGGUUUUUGAUUCUAUGUUGCGGGAUGCUUGUCGAUGUUGUCAUCGGUUUACAAAGCUUUUGGUUCAGUUGAUGAAGAAAGCAGGGUGGGAUUUGGGUUUGGCAGCUAGUUAUGUUCAUCCGAAUGUUAAUUAUCUGAAAACGGGGCAUAAUCGGUAUGCGUUUUUAUCGUACGUGUGUUUAGGUAUGUUUCAAGGGUUUGAUAGUGAUGGUUUUGGUGUGGAUGGGAAUGAAAGUUGCGGUGAUAUUUCGAUGGAGUUAUUUGAGCAUGUGUCGGUUAAUCCAUUGGAGACUUUGAAUAAGAACCCUGGUUUUCCUUUUUCAAAGUUUUGUGAAAGAAAGUAUAACGAACUUGUGCAUCCGACGAUGGAAUCUUCAAUAUUUAAGAAUGUGGAUAUAAAGAAGGAGGUUUUGGAUUCAUGGAGGUCUUUAAGCGUUUUUUAUGAUGCUUUCGUUAAUAUGUCUAGCUCAAUUUGGUUACUUCAUAAACUGGCUCAUUCGUUUACUCCACCAGUUGAGAUCUUUCAGGUGGAAAAAGGGAUCAACUUUUCAAUGAUUUACAUGGAAGAUGUAACAAAAAAAGGUGCAUAUCAUGAUAUAGGGGUAUCGAAGGUGGGAUUUACAGUGGUACCAGGGUUCAAGAUUGGGAAAACAAUUAUUCAGUCUCAAGUCUAUCUAACUGGAUCAAUGCACACAAAAUAAGAGUAUUCUCAGCUGCUUGACCCCUAUAGAUAUAAUCUGAUUGAAUGUUAGAGUUUUGAUCUUGCGGUUCAUAAGUAUAGUUUCCUGUUGAUCGAAAAGGUAAGAGAGGGAGAAGGUAAAGAGCAGAAGAAAACAAAAGAUGUCAGAGUUGGUUGAUGGUGGUAAGUCAGAGAUAGGAGGUGCCAAUCCUCAAGGAAAGCAGGCAAGCAAAACUUUUGCCUAAAACUGGGCAAACUGGACCAUGCACACCCCUACUUUAAACCACUAGGGAUCUCUCAUAUUGGUGAGUCUGGGUAAUAAUGAUUAAAGGGUAUUCUUUUGUUAACACAAGGUUUGUUCCUGAAUUUGAAAUUGGUGGUCGUUUUAGUACUGGUCUCGGCUAUUGGUUGAUAUCCUGGUUCAGCCAACUCUAUUUUGAUAGAAAUGUACUUAUAUGAAUGCCUUUUAUGGGGUUUCCCUUGAAAUCUGGUUGAGGGCGAUGAGUCGAAAUCAUUUCGUAUACUGGUUGCAGAUAGUUUAUCUAACGUUGUUAGUUUUCAUUAUGCAAUUUCAUGUUAGGUAAAUUCAGUGUUAUAAUUCAAGCUUUACUAGAGUUUGUUAUGCAUUGGACCCCCUUUUGUUUGUUGGUAAGCUUCUCUCAUGGAAACUUGGAAAGCAUGUCAAGGUUUAGGUGACUUUUGACCAUUGUUUAGAAAUCCCGACCGACCAUAUCCAUUUUUUAAAAAUCGGUCCUGUUCCAUAUAAAGUGUUUGAAAAAUAAUUGUAGAUGGCAAGGAUCGAAACAGCGACGUGGGAUACAAAGAUAAUCACCUUAACAUUAAACCUACUUAUGUGGGUCAACCUUAAGCCUUCGUAGUUCUGUAUUUCACAUAUAUAUAGACACAAUCUGAUAGUUUUCUAUUUUGCUUAUCAUUCGACUUUGUUUCUCCCAAUUGUGGAUCGAAUAGGAAAGACAGGAAGAAGGUAAAGAGCAGAAGAAAACAAAAGAUGUUGGAAUUGGUUGAUAGUGGUGCUUUGAGCAACAAUGAUUAAAGGGUAUUCCUUUUGUUCGCACAAGGUUUGUUCGGGAAUCCUGAAUUUGAAUCGGUGUUUCAGUACUGGUUUCAACUAUAUGUUAAUUUUCUGGUUUAGUCAACUCUACCUUGAUAAAAAAAAAUGUACUUGUAUGAGUUUCUAUUGUGGAAUUGCUCUCGAAAUCCGGCUGAGGGGAAUGAAGCGGGAUCAUAGGUUGCAGAUAGUUUAUCCAACUUUGUUAGUUUUCAUUUCUUGUUUUUGAGUAUGAAUCGGAUCAGUAUCUCUCAAGUCCAAUUAUAAGACAAGAUGCAAUUGCAUGUUGGUGGAGACUUUAAAUUUUAGGUGAAUUCAGUGUUAUCAUCAAAGCUUUACUAUAGUUUGUUGUGCAUUGGGCCCCUUUUGUUUGUUUGUUUGUUUGUAACUUCUCUCAUGGAAAAGCAUGUCAUUUGGUGUAAAUUAAUGACUACUGUCUUGACUAAACAGAAGUAUGUAUAUUUUUCUGGCUAUAAAUAUUCAGUGCAGAGUACAAA